GCGUGUAUUCUGACCAUGCGUCUACGAACGAGACGGCGGUAUAUAUGACAACUUCCAACUUGAGAUUUGGAUGCGCGCAAUAUCCAGUCUACGCCGCGCUUAGCAUUCAACGUUGCCAACUCGUACGCGGCAACGCCGAGGGCGGCGCUCCCACACACGCGGUUGUCAGCCCCUCUUACUCAGCGUUUUGCUCAGCCACCCAUAGCCAUCGCGUAAUUUUCUCGCCGUAAGGCUCUGUCAGUAACCAUGUACUGUAAUCCAUUUAACGGCCGCGAACUGGGCGCGAACUUCACAACCAUCUAGACGCGACGACACCCGUAUAAAAUGGCGUCCCAGUACCUGCCCUUCUCCCCGGAUACACGUCUCAUCCUGGUCACGACUGCCGUCGCCACGCCGGUACUCUUCUACGCUAUUCAGAAGCUCACUUCCCGUCCUACGACCGCGAACAUUGACAUGCCGAAGCAGACAGUCGUCGUGCUUGGCGGUGGAUGGACAGGCUCGCUCGCCGCGCGUCGUCUGUCCGCCGAGCUCGAUCCUCGCAAGUACGAGCUCAUCCUCAUCAACGACCGCCCGUAUGCCAUCAACCUCAUUGCGGGCGCGCGGAUGACGUCCACGACCGUCGACAACCUGGAUACCAAGGACAAGGGCCUUUUGGCGUACGACAAGUUGUUUCAGAACGGUAACGGCAGCGUGAAAGUCGCGCGUGCGGUCGCGGUGGAGGAGGAUAAGGAGAGUGGGAAGGGAGGCUGGGUCGUCCUCGAGGGUGAUGAGAAGGUCAGGUGGGACGCGCUCGUGGUAGCGACGGGUAGUGCGUGGCAGGGGCCUUUGGCAUUCCCCGAUGAAGAGAAGCUGCCUGCGCAUGUUCAGCAGUGGAGGGAACGCGUGAAGGGUGCCAGCGAUAUCUAUGUCGUUGGGGGCGGUGCAGUCGGUAUCGAGUUCGCCGGAGAAAUCAACGAGGCCUACCCCGACAAGAAAGUAACGAUCAUCCACAGCGGCUCGAAGUUGCUCACGUCCGUUUACCCUGAUAAGUACCGCAACGAUAUCGAGAAGAAGGCACGCGCUCGCGGUAUCAACAUUGUCUUCAACGAAUACGUCGACGAGAUCCCUCAACCUGGUGUGCAGGGUCUGACGACGCGUAAAGGGACGCGCUUUGACACCGCAGAUCUCGUGAUCCCUGCCUUUGGAUCGCGCCCAAACACAGCCGUCGUUGCCUCCCUCACUCCCUCGCCAAUCUCCAGCAACGGCAGCCUUAAGGUCAACCCGACACUUGAGGUGCAGGGUCACCCGGGUAUCUUCGCUGUCGGCGACGUUGUGGACUGGGACGAGCAGAAGCAGGCGGCGAAGGGCGCAAACCACCUGGGGAUCGCCGUUCCGAACGUUGUGAGCUAUGUCGAGGGCAAACCGCUGAAGAAGGUAUACAAUGGCAGCCCGGAGCUUAUCCUGAUUCCUCUGGGCAAGACCGGUGGUUCAGCAUACCUGGGCUUUCUCUGGGGUAUCAUGCUCGGCGAUUGGGCGUCGCGGACUCUCAAGGGCAAGGACCUCUUCGUACCGCAAUCUAGGAAAGAUCGGGGUCUUGAGGUUGUCUAGCUUCAUUGAUUGUCUUCUGGGUGCCGGAACCUGGACCGUGACCGCGUACUGUAAUCUUGUAUUGUAUUGUCUGCUGAUAGUAAUAUUUUAUUAGACAGAACUGACAAUCCAACAAGACACGCAAGGCAGCCCUCGAUGGCCUAGCACGUGCUUACUGACAUUUGAGAUGGGCGGCUUAGAUCGAAUUCAACACACGGUGGGUCAGAUAAUGAAGCUUGUGUUAUGGC